AUGAGCGGUAGUAAUAUUGGUAGUAAUGGUGAUGGUAGUAGUGUUGGUGGCGGUGACAAUGUGGGUUGUGGUUGUAUUGAUGGUGGUAGUGCUUGUGGUAGUAGUUGCGGCGGUAGUAGCAUCAACAGCAUUGGUAAUAGUUGUGGUAGUAGUACGAGCAGCAGUGGUGGUAGUUGUAGUAAUGGUGGUGGUAGUAGUAUUAUUGGUAGUUGUUGUGGUAGUAGUGUUGGUAGCAGUGGCAAUGUGGAUUGUUGUACUGAUGGUGGUAGUGCUUGUGGUAGUAGUUGCGGCCGUACUAGCAUCAACAGCAUUGGUAAUAGUUGUGGCAGUAGUACGAGCAGCAGUGGUGGUAGUUGUAGUAAUGGUGGUGGUGGUAGUAUUAUUGGUAGUUGUUGUGGUAGUAGUGUUGGUAGCAGUGGCAAUGUGGAUUGUUGUACUGAUGGUGGUGGUGCUUGUGGUAGUACUUGCGGCGGUAGUAGCAUCAACAGCAUUGGUAAUAGUUGUGGUAGUAAUACGAGUAGCAGUGGUGGUAGUUGUAGUAUCGAUAUCGAUUGUAGUAGUGGUAGCAGUAGUAAUAGCAACAGUAUUGGUGAUAGUGGUUGUAGUAGUGCUGGUGGUAGUACUGGUAGUAUCACUGAUGUGUCAGUGUCAGUGUCAGUGUCAGUGUCAGUGUCAGUGUCAGUGUCAGUGUCAGUGUCAGUGUCAGUAUUACAUCCGUACAUACACCUUAGAUUAGGUUUUGACAAAGGCAGACAACAGGAAAAUUUGUACAGCACACCAAACACUGCAACACCAGCGACAUUUGAACGGCUUGUUUACGAAUCAGACCAGCAGCAAGACUGUCACAGAGGAUUGAUUGUCUGUCCCGGAAGACACGAGAACAAGGAGCCGCUGUCAGCAUGA